AUGAUGGGAAAGUCGGCUCUCCUUCGCCAACAUUCUCAUGGCAAGAAUGCUGCCCAAAUCAUCAAGGCAGCGAUCAAAGUCAUCGAAUACGUCAAGUCCCAGGACCUCGAGGUCAGGUUUUCCACCGAAGACUCUUUCCGAUCCAAUCUCGUCGAAAUUCUUUCUGUCUACAAGACGGUGGACAAGACUAGGGUCAAUACAUGCGACAUCGAAACCCAUUUCCACGAUGACACUGGCUGCGCUACCGCGAACGUAUACACUGCCCUCGAGGCAGGCGCCAUCCACAUUAAUGUCACAGUGCUCAGCAUCGGCGAGCGCAACAGUAUUACGCCUCUCGGUGGCUUCAUCGCGUCUAUGAUUGUCCAAAACCGCAAAUACGUCACUAUCAAAUUCUGUGCCUUUACGUACAAGUCUGGCUAUCACACCAAAGGGGUCUUGAGCCACCCGAGCAACUACGAGAUCAUCAACCCCGAAGACUUUGUGAUGACGCAAUACGUCCACUUCGAGUCAAAGCUGACGGGUUGGCAUGCAGUCAAGACCCGCGUGAGCCAGCUUGGCCUGGACAUGCCGGACGAUCAAGUCAGAAUUACCGAGAAGAUCAAGACGCUCGCUGACAUUUGCCUAUUGUCUAUCGAGGAUGUGGACUCGAACAUUCCAAGUCUCCAUGCAGGUGAAUCGCAAGACUAA